AUGGAACCAAGCAUCGAAGAGAAGAACCUGUACUUCUCUGGCCUUCCCAGCUGUCCAAGACUGGUGGCGCGCUCAAACUUUCAUGUCAUUUUCAAACCUUCAAAUGGUGGUGGCCGGUUUUGGCCCGUCAAGAAAUAUCUGUCCCCGAUGUCGCUUAACCAUAAGAUAGCCGCGUUAUGGGAUGGUGGUCCCUUGCGAAAGGAUAUCAUCAAUGCCCUUGAUGGAAUCAACUGGAAAGCCAUCGAAAUACUUCGCCUGGGCUUCCAUCGGGAUCCAGAUCGACCCGAACAGCCAGAACCUGAGCACCCACACGUCCUUCUCGUCUCUGUGGCUAACACGACAUGGUCACAAGGCUUCCCAGCAGUAAUGUCGUGCCGUCGCAUCAUGGAGUGGUAUGGGCUUGAUGACAUACACUGUGAGAUGAAAGAAUCGGUAGUCGAACACUCUCCCUCUACACCUCAUGAGGCGCCCCUGUUGGCCCCAAAUUGA